GGUCAUUGCCUUAACCAGCUACCGCCUUCACAUCAAGCUGCAGGAGAACGUCAUCAAUGUUCCUCUGCAGCUGAUUGAAAGUGUGGAGUGUCGGGAUCUGACACAGAUGCACCUCACCUGUAAAGACUGUAAGCUCAUCAGGUGUAACUUCCUGUCGGUGGAGCAGUGUCAGGAUUGGCUGAGGAGGAUCAGCGCAGUCGUUCGACCGCCGGCGCCGCUGGAGGAGCUCUUCGCCUUCGCCUUCCUCUCGUGUAGCGCCAGCGUCUCUGCAGAGGACAGAGAGGUGCAUGAUGGGAUCUGCCGUGCAGGAGGACACCAGCGGAGGUUCAAGCGAGAGCUGGAGAGGAUGGGCUUCGACACACACAGUGCCUGGAGAAUCUCCAACAUCAACAGCAACUACAGGCUUUGUGCCAGUUACCCAGAGCAGAUAAUCGUGCCUGCUGCGGUCAGCGACCAGGAGUUGGAGAACGUGGCGGAGUUCAGAUCAUGGAAGAGGAUCCCGGCUGUCGUUUACAGACACCAGAGUUCGGGCGCUGUGAUUGGUCGAUGCGGGCAGCCAGAGGUCAGCUGGUGGGGUUGGCGUAAUACUGACGAUGAGCAUUUGGUCCAAGCCAUUGCUAAAGCCUGCGUCGCGGAUUGGGCUGCGAACACAAUUCAAUCGAACACAAACACAAUCCCCGGUGAGCUCAGUGACUGCAAUCCGCACGCAGCCAAUGGGAGCGCAGAGCCGGAGCCAAAGGCCACGCCCCCUCAGAGGCUGUUGAUUAUGGACGCGCGCUCGUACGCGGCUGCAGUAGCCAAUCGGGCGAAAGGAGGCGGCUGUGAGUGUCCAGAGUAUUACCCCAGCUGUGAGGUGAUGUUCAUGGGAAUGGCCAACAUCCACUCCAUCCGGAAGAGCUUCCAGAGUUUGCGGACGCUCUGCGCUCAAGUGCCGGAUCCGGUCAACUGGCUGUCGGCGCUGGAAGGGACUAAAUGGCUGCAGCAUCUGUCUCUGCUGCUGAAGGCGUCUCUGCUGGUGGUGAACGCACUGGAUCGGGACCACAGGCCUGUGCUGGUGCACUGCUCCGACGGAUGGGACCGCACACCUCAGAUAGUGGCUCUGUCCAAACUCAUGCUGGAUCCCUUCUACAGGACCAUCCAGGGUUUUCAGGUGCUGGUGGAGACGGAGUGGCUGGAUUACGGUCAUAAGUUUGCUGAGCGCUGUGGUCACGGCGAGAGCGCAGACGAUCUGAACGAGCGCUGUCCCGUGUUCCUGCAGUGGCUCGACUGCGUUCACCAGCUCCCGAGACAGUUCCCCUGCUCCUUCGAGUUCAACGAGGCCUUUCUGGUGAAGUUAGUGCAGCACACAUACUCGAGUCUGUUUGGGACGUUCCUGUGUAACAGCGUGAAGGAGCGCGAGGAGCAGCGCGUUCAGGAGAAGACGUGCUCCAUUUGGUCUCUGCUGCGGCCCGCCAACACUUCCUUCCACAACAUCCUAUACUCGCCGCGCUCCGAGACGGUUUUGCACCCGGUGUGUCACGUGAGGAAUCUGUUGCUGUGGAGUGCCGUCUACCUGCCAAACUCCGCCCCCUCCAUGCCUUCUGACGAGUCAUGUGUGCCAGACUCCGCCCCCUCAGCCUCACCCGAGGACACACCUGUGAGCAGGUUACCAAAGACACGGUCGUACGACAACCUGCCCUCGUCCUGUGAGGGUUUGACCCCAAACCGCCGCAGCAGCGACCCAAACCUGAAUGAGAAGUGGCAUGACCGCCUGCUCGCAUUAGAGAUCAGCGUGACGACAGAAGCCUGCGGAAACCACACGCAGACGUCAGAACGAGGCGGCCUGGAUCAGAGACUCGGCCUAAACACGAACGUUUCUGAUGAAUUAAACACAGAUCGUCCAGAAAAUGGGGCGGAGCUUUCUGUGACUGACAGCCAAAUGCAAAACACACAGCACAGGAAGCUGGAUCUUCUGAAAAACACACCUGCCUUCGAUAUCCCAGAGGAAUCGGCUCUGAAUGAGAGCAACAGUGAGGACCAAACACUCGAGUCGGAAGAAAAACGCCCACCUGCAUCCCAGCAUCCUUCGCAAACUAACAAAAACAUUGAAUUAACACCAGACGGGCUGCUUCUAGAUAACUGUACUAUUACCCAUGAUUCUUCAGAAUGUAGCAGCCAGUCUUCCAUGGAAAGUUCUUCCAGUCCAAACCACACAACUCAGACUCUUAAUGGCAUCUGCUCACCUUCCCAGCAUCCCGUUCAUCCUCUUUUUCCGUCGGCUGAUAGGGACGCAGCGGGAGACGCUUCUCCGACGUUGCCCCACAAGCGUCCGCUGGGUGUUUCCGGGCGUUUAUCGGCGUUAGGGCACCUGGAUAAGGACGGCUUGAGUCUGCACAGUGAUGCUGUACAGGUGCGUCUGCGGCAGAUGGAGGCGGGGCAUCAGCUGCAGGUGGAGACGCUGAAGAAACAGGUGCAGGAGCUCUGGAGCCGUCUGCAUGUCAACGGGAAGCUGACGUCUCUGCCGGACGGGGAGAAUAACAUGGAGUCGGGCUGUUUGCAGCGCUGCGGGAAAACCGAUCUCUUGUCCGAGUCCAGCUGGGAACAGAUCGAACAGCAGGAAGCAGAGUGGUUCUCGGGUCACGCGGCGUCUCGCUGCUACGGGUGCGAGAGGACGUUCUGGCUGGCGGCGAGGAAGCAUCACUGCAGCGGCAGAGAGCCGGUUGAAGAGGCCUGGAACUGUGGGAAUGUUUUCUGCGCCAGCUGCUGCGAUCAGAAGGUGGCGGUGUCGAGUCAGCAGCUCCGUGAGCACAGUCACGUGUGUCAGGCGUGUUACGGUCACCUGCGGCCCCCCGCCGAGCUGGAGCUGGAGAAACCCAUCGCCGCCAGCUCCAACUGAGAGCCGCAUCCGGCCCAAUAAACCAACCCCUCGCUCACACAGAGCCUAAGAGCACACACAUGUGAAGCAGAGAGUCGGACACUGACCGGUGAUCAUAAGCAGCUUGUCGAG